AUGAAAUUACCUCCCAAGAACCUACUUUCUAAUAUUGCAAAACGUGAUGAACCCGACCACUUAAAAAAUUUCUAUCAAAAUACUGAGAGUGCAACUAGUGUUUAUGGAGCAGAAUCGGGUUAUGACAAUAAUACCCACGACAUGGUUCCUGCGCAACAUUCAUUAAGUGGAAAUCAUACGAAUGAUGAUUUUAAUGUUACGGGUCUUUGUUCUGAUAACAGUCAAUUGUUCGAAUUGAAUUAUGAAGAGGUUAGAACGGGUUAUGACAAUAAUAACCACGGCUUUGAGAAUUCAUUAAGUGGAGAUCAUACGAUUCAAGAUUCUAAUGCAGUUCUACUAGCAUUACUCAAGUUAACAAUUAUCCCGUUCAUGACUAUUUCGAAGAACCGAAUAGAAUCAAUGAAGCUCUGA